GGAGAGAAAGAGGAGAAGAGGAGGGAAAUCAGACGAGAACCGUGCAGAAAACGAGAGAGAGAGAGAGAGAGAGAGAGCAGAAAUAGCGAGUGAAUUUCGGUGCCUGAUGCCAGAGGCUCCUGUGUGAGCGGGGGAAUCACACAGAGUGGGAAGAGAAGAGAGAGCUGGAACAGACGGAGAGAACAGCACACAGAAGGAGUACAACGGGAGGAGAGGGGGAAGAGGAGGAUUUGGAGGAGCGCGCUGUAUUUGCGUCGAGGGCACACGGAGGGGGUGGGGGGUGAGCAGGAGGAGCAGGGAAGGCAUGGGUCCUUGAUUGCGCCUCAGGGAAGGGGCUGCUUUUAAACAGCCCACUCCUGCCGGAGACGGACACACACUCCUCUCCUCUCUUAUCCUCCAUCCAGUGGCCCCGCCCUCCCGCCGUGCACUGAUGUGUUUUGGGGAUGUCACUGACCGAGGACCCAGGCUUACCACUCUGGCCCAGCCGGAGCACUGAAGCGCACUAGGGGCGGGCAGAAUGGGAGCUAAGCAGAUGAAAUGCCUCAGCGCGAACAGCCCAACACACUCGAACAGAGCGGAGUCCAUCACCGGCCAAUCAGAAGACAAAAAGGAGUGUGUGGAUGGCCAACCAAAGGAGAGACUGAGUACACCAUGCUCAGGUGAUGAGGAAGAGCCCUCCCCCCGUGGGCAGGGGGCGGCCCCAGUGCAUGCCUGGUCAGUGGGGCGUGGCACGUGGGAGGAGCAGCUAUGUGAGCAACAGGAGCAGCUACAGAAUGAGAUGCACGAGGCCAGAAAGCUGGUGUCCAGCCUACAGGCUUUGCUCCUCCAUGGCUCUCUUCCUGAAGAUGAACAGGGGAGUGUGGGGGAGGGGAUGGAGAACACUGAGCAGCAGCUGGUCAUACUCCGUAGUCAUAUGGACCAGAGCACGGAGGAGUCCCAGGACCUGAAGAAAGAGCUGAUGAGGUCCAAGCAGGAGAUGUUCAGCCUGCAGGGAAUGAAGGAUGCUCUGCAGCUGCGGCUGUCUGCGCAGGAAGCGUCUGCGCUGCAGCUGAAGCAGGAGCUGCUGAGGUCCAACAUGGCCAGAGACAUGCUAACAGCACAGAGCGAGGAGUUGCAGAGGAAAGUGGAAGAGAUGAGCAGCAUGCUGAGUGAAUAUAAAAAGGAAAUUGGACAGAAGGACAGACUGCUCCAGCAACAACAAGCAAAACUGGAUGAAGUUCUGUGCACAGAGUUCGAGAAUAACAGUCAAAAGCUCUCUGAGUCUCAGAAUAAUGGCUACCCAUACACAGUGGGAAGGGCCCCAUCACCAGCGUCCCCAUCAGGGACAGAAGAGCUGCCGCUCAUACGGGAUGCCCUUCGGAGUUUGAGGAACAGUUUCAGUGGUCAUGACCCUCAGCACCACACCAUCGACACCCUGGAGCAGGCCGUGGCCAACCUCAUGGACCGGCUCCACGACCUAAACCCACACCACAGACAAGAAAGGAAGGGGCGAGGCCGGUCUCCAGGGCAGAAAGCUAAUCACUGCAAUCGUGACUCCUGGCCGCUCAGUUGUAAAACAGUGAACUCCCUCAGUAGUCCUGUGCUGGACCCUGCUGACUCCACCAAAGUGCUCUACUUCACUGACCGCUCACUCACACCAUUCCUUAUUAAUAUCCCCAAAAGGCUGGAUGAAGUGACACUCAGAGACUUCAAAGUGGCGGUGGACAGAGAGGGCUCCUUCAGGUACCAUUUCAAAGCCUUGGACCCCGAGUUUGGCACGGUGAAGGAGGAGGUGUUCCACGAUGAGGCGCUGGUGCCCGGCUGGGAGGGUAAGAUCGUGGCCUGGGUGGAAGAGGACCAUGGGGACAGCAGGUAGAGCUGGGUGGGGCAGGGUGGAGCGGGGCAGGACGAGAACAAUUUAUACAGCCCAACUCCCACCCCCACCCCCCCAGCACACAGGCAUGUCAGCCCCCCCAGCAAUGCUCCCCUGGGCCUCACAGUGCUCUCUCAAGCUGAGCUGAGCUGAUGCCCAAACUCCUCUAAAUACCCUCUCCCAGCCCUCGUCCCUCACAGAGGACCCCCCCCAGCACACAGCAUCUCACCCCCCAGCAGUGCUCCCCUGGACCUCACGGUGCUCUGUCAAGCUGAGCUGAAGGCUAACCUCGUCUAAAUCCCCCUCCCACCCCUCAUCCCCAUCAGAGGACCCAUCACAGAGAAAAGACUUCUCUCACACCUUCUGAAUGUGUGCCAAAUCCUUAAUAUUUCCUAUGCUCUUUGUAACUGUCAUGCAUAUUGUUGUAAAAAGUUGUGAUGCCAGAAUAUAUUUUCUUACCACUUCUCACAGAAAUAGUUGUUAUACAUUAGGCCUCCUUUCAGAUACUAGAGAGGAAAACUUUCACCGAAUAUGGUGAAUGCCUUUUUAAGCAGAAUAAGACGGUACUUUGUGCUACUGUGAAUGAACUGAGAAAUGAGUGAACUGCGGUCUGUAGGUGAAAAGUCCAUCCCUAGAUGGCAAGCCAGGCAAAGUGUAAUGUGACUGAGUCUGCUGGGAACCCUGUAGUUUUGCUAUAGAAAUGUGCUUCUAAGGCCUGGAGGUCCCACCGGAGAUAUGGUAUAUUUUUGAUGGAUUGUGUAUGUGACAACAUGGUGAGGAUUCUGAGUGGAGUUUACCUAAGCAAGGUUGAUUUGACAAUAUAAAAAUAGUGAUACAUAUAUAUUGAAAAAGUGAACUUCCCUGUGUCUGAACUUAACACAGCUCCUUCAAUAACCAAUAACCUUUGUCAUGAAACGGGAGUUUUGUGAAUAAGUGCGGGAAAAAAAUCAUCUAUGCUUUUCAAAAGCAACAUACUGGCUAAGUGGCUUUUUUUCUUGUUAACCAACAGUCAUUGAGUUUUAUCAGUGAUGCCAGAAGUCUGGGUUCACUGCAAAGGUGAGCAGACUAUUACUCAACUGCUUCAACUGAUAUCUCUUUAUCUUACCAGGUUGUGUCUGAGCUCAGCUUUCUGUCAUUCUGCAUGGUAACACCAGCUUGGUUCUAAUUCUGUUCGAUUUCACUUGGUUAUGGUUCUCACAUUGGUCUGUAUUGAACAGUGCUCGUACAACAAGGAGUGGCCUCAUGCCCUUUUGCAAUGAUAUGGCUCAUGGAUUCUAUAUAAGCCAGCUGACGUCUUGUCAUGUUAAUGCUGCACAAGUCUUAUGUGACCUUUUCUCCUUAUGAUCCAUCAGAGUAUCUGGACAGCUAAUUGGAGCACACCCUGAUUUAAUCUCUUAUUCAUCUGCUAUGAGAGACAGACAAACGGGGCUCAGUGGGGAAAGAGGGGGAAGAGGACAGCUUUGAGUCUUUGGACAAAGAGAAAGGAUUUCCUUUCCAAAACAUAGGUUUUGGGCUGACUGCAUUUAUUUUAACUGUUUUCCAAAUGUCUUUGAAAUAAAAUGUUUUUUUUUGUCUGUAUUUGUAAAGUUAUGAGAACUA